AAUUUAAAUAAAAAUUUAUAAUUGUUAAAAAAAAUUUUGAAAAAAUUAAAAAAAAAACUGAAAAACUAAAAAAGUUCAACUCUGCAGUUGGCCGUCGGUAAAAAUGCAAGCCACCAAAAUGCGCACUCCCUUUGCCAUACAGGAAAUUUUGGGUUUGGGAGUGGGUUCUGCUGCAGCCGCCGCUGCCGCCGGCUAUCCUCAUCCCGUUCAUUUGCAUCCACAUGCCGCUCUACCGCCUGUUAACGCCACCACUCCACCUCCCUCUUCACACAAUUCCAGCUCUAGUUCUCAGCCUCCUGCCGCCCAACGUUUGUCCACCUCUUCGCCUCCUGCCGCCCACACGCCCAGUGAUUGUAAUAAUGCUCCCAUUUCUCCCGCCUCUUCGUCGCAUGGUCGUCAUCGUGACUCUAGAUCUUUAUCGCCCGAUGUUAGUCGUUUAUCAGCCGCUGCUGCUGCUGCAGCCGCCGCUGCUCAUGUGCAAUUACCCGUCUUUAAUCCGGCCAAUUUUUAUGCGGCCGCCGGUUAUGCGGCUGCCGAUCAUGCUGGCCAAUUGAAUGCGGCCGCUCAUCAUCAUCAUAUGACCACUUUGGCGGCUGCUGCUUAUUUGAGAGGGUUCCUGCCGCCCGGUUUUAGUACGCCCCAUGAGUUUAGGGGUCAUUUUCAGCAGCAUUUUGGUUCACAGUUUGCGGAACAAAACUCACGUGGCAAUAAUGAAUAUGCAGGAUCUCAGUCGAAUAACAACAACAAUAUUGACGAAAACUCACCCAGUAAAUCUAGUUCAACCUCAACGAGUAGCCAAAAUAACUCCUCAAACUCAAAUGCCAAUACACCCAAUUCCAAUAAUCCAGCAAAUCAAUCUACAACACCCACUAGACCCACUCUCUCACCGGCCGAACAUGCUGCCGCCGCUUUGGCACAUCAUGCCGCAGCAGCCGCUGCAGCUCAUCAUGCUCACUCACAUGCACAUCCUCAUGCCCAUCCCAUGGCUGCCCAUCAUGCUGCGGCUGCUGCAGCAGCUCAUCAUCAUGCUGCCCAUCAACAUCCUGCCGCACAUCAUGAGGCUUUCCUUAAUGGUUCAGCCAGUGCUGCGGCAAAUGGUUUGUUGGGUCAUCAUCCGGUUACGGGGCCAGAUGGUGUACUGCUGGGUCCUGCCGGGGGUAGUAAAAAGAAAAAUAAACGUCGUCAUGGUCGUACAAUAUUUACGAGUAAUCAAUUGGAGGAAUUGGAAAAAGCAUUUAAAGAUGCCCACUAUCCGGAUGUUAGUGCCAGAGAAUUGUUGUCUAUGAAAACGGGUUUAGCCGAAGAUCGUAUACAGGUCUGGUUUCAAAAUCGUCGUGCUAAAUGGCGUAAAACCGAAAAAUGUUGGGGCCACAGUACCAAAAUGGCCGAGUAUGGCCUUUACGGAGCCAUGGUUAGACAUUCAUUACCUCUGCCUGAAACCAUUAUCAAAUCUGCCAAAGAAGAUGAAUCGGUGGCGCCUUGGCUUUUAGGAAUGCAUAAAAAAUCACUCGAGGCAGCCGAUGUUUUAAAAUCGGAUGAUAGUGAUCGUGAAACUCCCACCUCGGAUGAUACAAAUACCUCUUAUUCGGCCGGCAGUACUCACAACUCACCCAUAUCGUCGUUCUCUAUUUCACGACUGCUGUUCGAUAAUAGCACCCAUCAUCAGGGUAAACAUAAAGUUCAAACACAUGUUAGUGCCGCCGGCGGUUUGGCUCCUGUAAAUCAUGAUAUUAUGACCAAUUCACAUCAUACGGGUAUGCAGCAUCAUCCCUACAAUCAGCAGCAACAUUUACAUCAUCUUCAGCAAUUGCAUCAGCAACAUCAACAGCAGCAACAACAACAGCAGCAGCAACAGCAUCAACAUCAGCUAAUGAUGGCGGAGGCUGCUGAAUUACAUCGCCGCCGUCAGGAGGAAUAUCAGAGAGAACAACAUCAAAGAGAUUUAAGUGCUCAUCAUCUGCAGCAGCAACAACAACAACAUCAACAACAGCAACAACAACAAUCUCAACAUUUAGCACGUUUUAAUGAUGAUCAUGAUGAUGAUCUUAUGGCUGAGGACGAUAACGAUGAUGAUGAUUGUGAUAAAGAAGAGAUUGAUAUUUGUGAUGAUACCGAUGAGGAUCCCAUUAAAGAUAUUAAAAUGAUCAAACGAGAAGAAGUAGAGAAUAGAUGAAAUUUAUUUAUCGAUGUUUUAUUGUAAAUUUAAAAGAAUAGUUUUUAAAAAAAAAUCAACACGCUUUUAGACACUUUAAUGGUAAAAAUCAAUAACACAACAAAAACACAAACAAAUAAUAAUAAUUUUUAGUUUUAUUAAUAAUAAAUACUUUUAAAAUAUAUUAUUCAAAACUUAACUUAGUCCAGACAAAAACCCUCAGCACAACAAAUCAAACGAAAUCAUUUUGAAAAUCUUUAAUUUUACACAAAAUAACAACGAAUUUCUUUUUUUAAAAAAUGUGUAAAAUAUAAUAAAUUAUAAAUUAAAGAAAAACAAAAACCAUAU